AUGUUGCAGAACUCGAGAAAGCCUAAACCUGGCUGGAGACAACUAAACUUCAAAUAUAUGAUGUGUGUCCCGACAGCAAAAUGUGCAGCAAUUCUCUUUAUCAUCCUCUUUGCAAUAUCUUUGAUUUUUGGUUCUGUUCUUCUCUCUACAUCAUACAGCAUAGUAGAAUACAGCAAAAGGUACGACGAUAUUUGCCAUAAUAAUGAGGAUUGUACAAUAGAAAUUAGUAUAUCAGAUUCAAUGACUUCUCCGGUAUUUCUUUACUAUGAGCUGCACAAUUAUUAUCAAAACCAUAGAAAGUACGUGAAGUCAUCAUGCCAGCUGCAGCUGGCAGGAGAAAAAGUAAGUGAAGAUGAUUGCUCAAUGUGUGAACCGCUUACAAAGGUAAAAGACUAUGAUUAUCCUUUGUAUAAUUUGAAUGGGCAGCAAUUAAAUAAAACUCAGCUUGCCAACCCAUGCGGAUUAAUAGCUGCAAGUUUAUUUAAUGACACCUUUGCAAUAAAAAAAGACAGUGAAAUCAUUGAUAUUGACUCAGGCGAUAUCGCUUGGUUUACAGACAACACCAAUAAGUAUAAAAACAGAAAAGACUAUAAAGAAGUACAGUUUUUAGAUGUAGAGAAGCAGCAUUUUAAAGUCUGAAUGAGAACUGCAGCAACUUCUACGUUCAGAAAAUUAUAUGGGAAAAUCAAUAAGGAUCUAAAGCACACUUAUAAUGUCACCAUUCACAAUUUGGUAGACGUAAGUGAAUUUGAUGGAGAAAAGUGGAUCAUUUUGAGCACUGUUUCUACUUUUGGAGGGAAAAAUUUAGUAUUAGGAUGGAGUUUUAUAUCAGUUGCUGUGGUGAGUCUUAUAUGAGCAAUUGUGUUUAUCUGGCUUGGAAAGAAUUUAAAGCCAGUUUCAAUUGAAGAUAGAUUUAAAAAGCUAGAAUAG